AUGAGCGAAAGUAUGGACCUGAGCAUUGGGGUCUCGGUCGAUCAGGACUGGGCACAGGACGUGCCGACGGCGCUGGCCCAAGUGCCGCGCCAACAGCCGAAACAACAACAGCAGGUUAGCGCGUGCGACCAGUGCCACCGACGCAAGCUGCGGUGCUCUAGGGAGAAGCCGGCCUGCGGGCGGUGCCAUUUCUCCGGCCGCCAAUGCACCUACAGCCUCUCCAGGCCGGCAGGCAGACCGCGCCGCUCACUCAGCGGCAAGCCCGAGUCCUCGGCGGGAGAGCUCCUGCCAGGCCGGCUCAACGACAAGAUGGCCGAGGCGAUCUCGUUUGCUGACACGGCCGUCCCCUUGAUGCGCGAGUAUCCCUUGCCUGGCUCCCUAUUUGAUAUAAAUUCCUUUCCGUCCACCAUGUCGGCCGUCCCUUUCCCGGACACGUACCACGACACGUUCUCCGGCACCACAACCCUCUGCACAAGCCCAACCGUCAUCAGCCCUGGCUCGGGCGUCACCGGGCACAGUGCGCUCAGCCGUCCGCUGCCCAGCCUGCCGGGCCACCCCGAGCUGGCCUUCCUCGCCGACGGCGGACGCCCGGAACCGGCCGGGAGGGCCGCCAGCCCGCCGACCUCGGCGUCGGCGGGGAGCGAGGGCGCGGUGUGCCACUGCGCCGAGGCCCUGCUGCGGUCCGCGUUGGACCUGGAGUCGGCGGCGGCGGCGGCGACGGACCCGUCGCCCAGGCCGUGGGUGCUCGAGCUUGCCAACACCGGGUUCGAGGCCGUGGUCAUGUGCAAGCAGAGGCACGACGGCCUGCAGCACCUGAUGCUGCUGGUCGUCAUCUGCCAGCUAGAGAGGUACACGGGCAUCGCGUGCCCGCCGCUGCCGCUGCCGCCGCCGCCGCCGUCGCCACUCCCACAGCACCAACAGCAGCAGAAGAAUAAUGGCGGCGUGGCGGCGGCGGCGGUGGCGAGCCCUGGCAGCCGCGGGAGCAGCCUGCCCCUGUCGCCUCGCGGGCUGGUCUCGCCGCCGCCGCCGCCGCCGGCCGGGUUCGGCGAGCAUCAGGACCCGCCGCCGGACGCUAAGGCGAGCAGCUCGCAGCCGGAUGAGCUGGCGUCGUUCUCGAAGGGGCCCGUCCUGAGGAGCUAUCUCCUCCUCGCCGCCUUGUCUUCCGAGGUGCUCACGCGCGAGGGGAGCCAGUCUUGCUUUCCAGAGGUGCCGUUGGAUGUUACCCGGGGUAGGGUGGAUUGGAUGAAGGCUGCUUUUAGGGCUCGGCUGGGGCUUGACGUCUGA